AUGAACGACCUAUUGAUUGAAAGAUACGCCGAGGUGUUCCGCUGCCCGGCCUCAGAGCAGCUGCCAGGACCGAGGGGUUCGGUCGGGUCAGUUGGGCGCGGUCCGUCGUGCCGAGGAUGUAUAGGCCCAACAGGCCUUUCUGGCGAUAAGAGCGCAGUAGACCCAUGCCAGUUCGGCCUCAGCCUGAAGGGUGGGGCUCGAACGCGAUGCCUAGCAGCGCAGCUCGACGCCGAAACCCGGGCAGCUUUCCCGGGCAGGCCAUCAGGAGGAGCGAAGUCUCUGCGGCUGGCGGUGUCUCUGCUGGCGCUGCUGCUCUCGGGUCGCAGCCGCGGGGACGACGUCGGCUGGUUCCACGCCCCAGGGCCGGACAAGCGGUUCGUCGAGAGCGGCAUCGUCCUCAUGUCGGUGCCCUUCAGCCGCAUCAGGUGUGCCGCCUACUGCAGACUGAAGCCGACUUGCGUGUCCUUUAAUUACAACGCAGGAGGAGCAUCCGUGUGCGAGCUCCUGACCUCGGCCGCAGUCCGGGACUCCGAACUGAGCGCGGACUCGGGCUGGACUUACUACCAGCAGCGUUACCCCAAGUGGCAGCGCAUACAGGACCCAUGUGCGAGCAGCCCUUGCCCCGCAGACAGCGUGUGCGUGAGCUACGAGCAGCCCAUCUACCAGAAGUUCAAGUACGACCUCGACUUCUACAUGUGUUCGCGCCAUGCCUGGCUCCUCGGCGAGCGCGACGCAGGACGGACAAACUGCAAGCAUAUAAUGGACUACGGAAAAGACUACUACAUUCAAAACAUGCCUGGCUGGACGGCUGUUCAAAAGCCUUUCGAAGUGGCUUUUCAGAAUUGCCUGAACGUUGGAUGCCGUGGCUUGCUGUGCGUAAACAUAGAAUUCGGGACCGACGUUUGCUACAUGAAGGACUGGAGCAAUGAACCCGGCGUGCUGCUUCCCAUGCAAUUCACCUUCAACCCGAGCGACCCAUGGGUCUUCUGGUAUCCCGAAUGCAUUUGAACAAACCUCCUCUCCAACCUCUGCUCCUCUCCUGUCAAGUCCGGUUCUUUGGUGUCAUUUAAUAAGCUCGUUAAGUUCACCAAUAAAAACGGGAAAAACCUUGAUGACGUCACGCAAUACGAUUAACCGAUUAAUCCUUUGAUGUUUCUGGACGAUCUUUCUCUCUCUAUCUCUCUCUCCCUCUCUCUUCAUAAAAACGACGUCAGAGAUGCAGAGGAGUGGGCUGAGGUGCGGCAGACCGACCUACAGUGGAAUCCCAUCAGCCUGAGCCAAAACAUUCAGGUGAUCCAGCAGUGGACUGGACGGCAAUGGUUCUCGCCAGACAGGGAGGCGGAGAGAAAGCAUAAAUGGAUGAGACAAGAAAGAAGGGGAGAGAGAGUGAGAAUGCGUGAAUAAAUGUGACCGAGCGAAAG